CGCCUCGGUGGAGUCGCAUGGCUUUCGAGUUUAUACAAUCCAGUCCUAUUUGUAAAGCAGCACUGCUAACUGCUGGCUACCAACUCAUGUUCUUUCUUCCAACUGCUGUAUUUUGAAUGGACAAGUUGACAGACUUUGCUGGUGCUUCCAAUUUUGCAGUUCUAGCAUUGUGGUCCUAUAUGGGAUAUUCUUCCUUUUCAACUAGACAGAAAUGGAUCACUUCCUUGCUGGUUUUAUGGAGUGCUAGACUUGCUCUAUAUCUGGGAUAUCGUAUAUGGUUCGUAUUCGGCGAAGAUCGACGUUUAGAUAGUUUCCGUGAUAAUAUAUUCAAGUUGAUGGGCUUUUGGACUUUACAAGGAUUGUGGGCUUUCGUUGUAUCGUUGCCUGCUGUCUUGUGCAAUAUGAACAGUCAAAUAAGACCAGUGGGAAGAUUGGAUUACUGCGGGUACACAAUAUUUGCGAUUGGAUUCUUGUGUGAAACGAUUGCCGAUUUUCAAAAGCAAUAUUUUAAGCAAAGGAAUCCAGAACGAUGGUGCGACUGGGGUUUAUGGAGAUAUUCGAGACAUCCCAACUAUUUUGGAGAAUUGUUGGUAUGGUAUGGAAUCUAUUCAUUGGCUUGGAAUGGAUUGACAACUUUCCACCGUUUCAUCGCAUUGAGCUCUCCAUUGUUGAUUACUUGGUUGUUGAUUACAGUGAGUGGCAUACCACUAUUAGAAAAGAGUGCGGAUAGCAAAUAUGGUUCUCUAUUGGAAUAUCAAUUAUACAAAAAGAGGACCAGUAUUCUCAUACCGCUGCCACCGCAGAUAGUCGAGCGCUGGAAUCGUUGGAUAGGCAACUGAAUAAUGCUCUUUGAUCCCCAUACAAAUUUU